UGACAAGCCCAGCGGCUUCUUCCCAAACGAACUCCCGGUUGCUGCAAAGUGAUGACGUUUAAAUGAAAGAGGCCACCGUCUGACGAGUUCAACCGGAUUCCCUCUCUUUCCCCCGACCCUUGAAUUGAUUCACAACUCGUUUUUAUUUUACUUGUUUAACACAACUUGGUAUACUCUGUCUGUUUGAGCUACUUUGUAGAUCAACUGCAAAAAAGUUACAUUUCCCAUCGCCAAAUCUUGAUUGAUUCCAUGAACCUUCUCGCAAGUAUAGCUUCUUUCUGGAGCACCAACCACUACUCAUAACGUUUGCUUUGUCUUUCCGGAUCUGUCUGUGCCACCCAACGUCUUAAAUCUACAAUUCGCAACGCAGCAAACCGCGUGUCGAAACGAACCUGCACAAAGCGUUACACAAAGCCGAAGCUUUUAUCUAGACCCCCCACCGCAGACUUUUUUUUUUUAAAAAAAAAGAUCCUUUGCCCACCAUGUCUGCAACAGCUUCACAACCGCCAGUGGUUCCUCCUCGUCCAUCUCGGAGUCAAGAUAAAGAUCAAAUUCCAAAGAUUCCUCCGCGACCUAUCAAGUCGCGUGUUGAACGCUCCAUGUCUCCUAGCCGGGAUCGCUUCGCGCCCUCGCCGCUCAAUGAUCGCCUUGGGGCCAAGAGCCCCCUGAGCCCUCGCUUCGGCAACUUGGGGGCCAACAAUGGUGGCUACAGCGCCUCGCCUGACCCAAUCGACCGCUCGUCCAGUGUCGAUCUGCCCUCGCUCGGUGAAGAAGGCAGGGAAUAUGCCGCCAUGGCAGAGGAGCUAGAGUCGGGCAAGGAACGGAGUGUGUCUCCCACUCAGACUCGGAACGUGGCAGAGGACCUCAAGUUGCAUGCUCCGAAACCAUCCCACCCUGCUGUCAGCGCCAAGCAGCGUGUUGCUGCCGUCACUCGUACCGACUCGGACCGGGCUGCUAGUUUCGGCAUCGGCAAGCCGAGCAACGAGGAGCCGGCUUCGUCGAACCGCAGCCUCAAAAAGAAAGCCAGUACUAUCAGUCAGCUGUCGGUUCGUUCCGACAGCCAUGCCGACGACGAGCAUGGCAUCCCAGAAAUCGGCAAACAGGUACCCAUGUAUCCCAAUGCUGGUGACGUUCAGGCGCCCUCGCCGGCCCCGGGCUCGAUGUUGGGCGCGGAUGGCCAGCGGCCUAAGCAACACCAUCGGAGAGGUAGCUCCCGGGGCGAUGCUCCCCCCGGAAGCUAUGGUCUGCAUGGCCACGGCAUAAAGUCCCAGGACAAGCUCGAUAUGGCCUACUACGAGAAGCACCCAGAGCUUAAACACAGAGAGCGUCAGCCUCAUCACCAUGAUCGCCCCAAUGAUUUCUCUAUGAGCCGAGAGGAGCUCAACAGAAUUGUUCGCGAUACGGCCAACAACCGCACGUCGGGUCACGACUUCAGCGCUCCGCCUGAGCAAGCUGGUUGGGAGGCCAUCGAGGAAUCAACCUCGCGCAUUGCCUCUCCCAAGCCUGCGCCAAGCGGCUCUACCUCGCCUAUCCUCACGCGUGGAGCUCAACUAGGCACCUCGCCCGAGGCGAGCAAGAGCAACGAGAACGUCAUUCAUGUUCACGAUCCUCGUAGGAAAUCUGGCCAAGCCGAUGCCAAGUCACCCGGUCUUCCCAACGAGAGCGACGAGGAUGGUCGAUACAGUGCCCCUAUUCUUGCCGAUGAUGAGGUUUCCAAGGAUGUUCCCUCUUUUGACUUGCAUCCUGCCGUUGAUCCCGGUCCUGAGCGUACUGGCAGCGCCUUCGAGAUGGAGCCGUCUAGUCGACCCAAGAGCCGGCCUGCCAGCAUCUAUCGGGAGUCAUCACAUGACAUCCGGUCGACUCCGCUCGAGGAUGUAAAGGAGUACGAGCCGCUCUUCCCUGAAGAGGAGAAGUCUGGAAAGCUGCCUCCCAAGCCAGAGUCUCCUACAAUCGCUAGGAAAGCUGAGGAACGGAAGCACAAAUUCCCUAGCCGGGAUAUCUGGGAGGAUGCCCCCGACAGUGUCCACGGCACUGCCGAAGUAUCUACUCCUGACGUUCAGGAGCAGCAGGAUGACCAUGAAGAUGACGGUCGCAUUCCUAGGGCAAUUCCGCCCCGGGAUUCUGAUACUCCCGCCCAGGCAUUUGCCCGUAGGCAAGAGGAAUUGGCAGAGGCAGAAUCGAGGAACAACCCCGAUGCUUUUUUAUACAGGACCCAGAAGCCUUCUUGGGUGCAGGGACAGUCACACCUUGCAAAGGAAUUCACAUCCCGAUCAUCUUCAGCACAGUCGGCACACUCAACACAUCAUUUUCCCAGCCGUGACACGUGGGAAGACACACCCGACAGCCAACUGCUUGAAACUGAGGUUUCCAGGGAACAAGAUGAGGACAAAGAUGAGGAUGAUGAGGAGCAACCGUCCAGCAUGGAGCCAAAACAGGCUCCCGAGAUGCCCCAGAGACCUGUGAGGAAAUCCACAGAUCCCUCUGAGAAACCGGCAAUUCCUGAACGACCAAAACCAAAACACACUUCAAGUGAUGACGCCAGUGUUUCAAAGCCCACUAUUCCGGAGCGACACAAACCUCAGGUCCCAGCGCGCCCCCAGAGGCAAUCAUCUGGUUCAGGCAGUAAAGAAGCAGAGCCGGCGGCUCUGGUAACCAAGACCAAGCCACCGGUUCCAGCUCGACCAGUUGGUGGAAAGAUCGCUGCCCUACAGGCAGGUUUCAUGGCUGAUCUGAACAAACGACUCCAGCUUGGGCCACAUGUCCAGAAGCAUGAGGAGCCGGUUAAGGAGGAGGAGCCCCCUGUUGAGCAGGAGAAGGCGCCGCUCGUCGAUGCGCGCAAGGGGCGUGCCAGAGGUCCUCAGAGGCGAGCGCCUGCCAAGAGCCCAGCUCCUCCUGCGGACACUUCUGCUGCUUCCGAGAAGGAGCCAAUCUCAUUCUCGUUCUCCACGACAAUGAGCUUCUUCUCAAUCGAUCCAGACGAAGGUGCUAUCACGAUUGGUGGUCAAGAGGCAGGCAAAGAAUCCUCGGCUCCUGGUCAGACCUUGGCUGCUAAGACUGAUGCACCUGAUCAGGAGGCUGAGCCUGAGAAGACAGAGACGUCAAAGCCCGCAGAUAUGGAGCAGCCGGUCGCUGAGAAACACGAUCUCGUCGAGAAAAACAUCAACCCUGAAUCCCUGGUGACCAACAUGGCUGGCGAAACUUUGGUCGAGGUCGAUGUUGAGAAGACUGGCAAGAAAGUAGAGCCUGUGAAUGUGGAAGAGGGCCAGCUGGACAACUAAGGUCUGAUUUCAGGCUGUUCACUCGUUACCUUUCAACUUCUCAGACCCACUUUUGUCCAGUCUUCGUCUCGGAAUGUUCAUUCCUUUUCUUGCCAGUUGGGCAUGUUGGUAGAGGGUCAUCUUUUGACAUCCAGGCGGUGCUAUCCGCAAGGUGUACGACUGAAAUGCACUCGGGUCAAAGUCGACAAGCGCUGAGACGUUUUUGACUAACAGGUCACUUGGGUGGUUGUCAGAUGCACUUGUCGGAAAAAUUUAGAUAGCUUUGCUUCAGUCUUUCUUUGAUUUCGCAUUAAUGUUGAACACUUCUCUGCCUGGUUUCAGGGGGCUGCCUCAGCCACAUGAAAUCUGUGGAGCUUUGAGAUUCGGCUUUGCGUUGCCUUGCUACAUCGCAGACCACUCCGAUACUGACGGACUAAUUCCUAUAAACAGGCUGUAGAAUCGGGAGUAGGUAUGAGCCUCGAGAGGUAAGUAGUCUAUUCCAAUACACGUAGCCACUUCCUACUCCUAUCGUACAAGACCUGGAGGGUAGAAUAGGCAAUAGUAACUUUAGGCAUGGCGUGCACGUGUAGGCAAGCUAUGGGCGGUUCGUAACGCAUACCAGUUUUAGACAAUCUAGUUCUAAGCAACAUAAUUCUGAAUCCACUUUUUUCGUCAACAUGACUGACCUCA